UGAGUGGCGGGCGCUCCUUGGGGCUUGAGGCGCAAAGCGCGUCAGUACACGCAGGCAGUACUUUAGGCACUGAGGCUGCAGCAAUGAACAAAACAGUGCCUGCUCUGGCAGAGCGGCCAUUCUGAUCUCCGGAUGACAGGGCGCAGCCGUGUGUUGGCCAUGCACCACGUCGGGGGUGUGUCUCCCGUACUGGUACGGAGGGACCUCUUUCUGACCAGGACUCUCUCCAGCCAUGGCCCCGGCCAGCCCAGAGAGAAGAGGCCUGAGGAGGUGGCCCUGGGGCUGUACCACCGCCUCACUGCACUGGGCGCAACCCUGGGGCACAGCAUUCGGCAGCGGGCGUCCUCCACGGCCAAGACUUGGUGGGACAGAUAUGAAGAGUUUGUGGGACUCAAUGAGGUUCGAGAGGCCCAGGGAAACGUCACUGAGGCAGAGAAAGUGUUCAUGGUGGCUCGAGGGCUUGUCCGGGAGGCUCGCGAAGACUUAGAAAGUCAGCAGGCCAAGCUGAAGGAGGUGAGGGACCGCCUGGACCGCAUCUCCAGAGACGAUAACCAGUACCUGGAGCUGGCCACUCUGGAGCACAGGAUGCUGCAGGAGGAGAAGCGGCUUCGUAUGACCUACCUGCGCGCGGAAGACUCUGAGCGAGAGAAAUUCUCCCUCUUCUCUGCAGCCGUGCGGGAAAGCCACGAGAAGGAGCGCACCCGGGCAGAGAGGACCAAGAACUGGUCGCUCAUCGGGUCAGUCCUGGGGGCCUUGAUCGGUGUGGCUGGCUCCACCUACGUGAACCGCGUGCGGCUCCAGGAGUUGAAGGCUUUGCUCCUGGAGGCCCAGAAGGGGCCUGUGAGCCUCCAGGAAGCCAUCCGAGAACAAGCGUCUAGCUACUCACUCCAGCAGAGGGACCUCCGUGACCUCGUGGCAGACCUGAAGGGCCUGGUGCAAGCUGGGACCGGGCAGAGCUCUUUGUCCCAGGCAGGUUCUUCCCCGACCCGAGACAGAGACACAGAUGUCCUUUUAGCUGCCUUGAGAGAGCAGCUCAGCCAUUCUAGGCAGGUCCGUUCACGUCUAGAGGGUUUACGAGAGCAGCUUGAUGGCCUGGAAAAGACCGUGAGCCAAGUGGCUGGGGUGGUUCAGCUUGCAAAGGCUGCAGCACACCCGGGCCUGGUGGAGUCUGCAGACGGAGCUCUGCCUGGUUCCCUGCUGGAGCAGGGGAGCAUGAUCAUGGCACUGUCGGACACGGAGCAGAGGCUGGAAGCCCAGGUCAACAGGAACACCGUCUAUGGCACGCUGGUCACCUGCGCGACGUUUGUGGCCGUCCUACCUGUGCUUUAUAUGCUGUUCAGGGCCAGCUAGCCCCCUGGACCCUCCUCCAGAGGGAGGGGGUAUGGAUGUGGAUUUAGUAAGAGAAUGAAGUAAUGAAGUGGACUUCCGGGAGUGUACUCAGCCUGAGUCUGACCUCACCGGCACACAUCCUUUGCUUUUUACACUAAUUGACAUUAACUAGCAAAUAUUUCUUCUUGCCUGGAGAAUCCCAGGGACGGGGGAGCCUGGUGGGCUGCUGUCUGUGGGGUCGCACAGAGUCGGAAACGACUGAAGCGACUUAGCAGCAGCAGCAAAUAUUUGUGCUCACGUCUUUCAAUUUUAUUAAAACGUCUUUCAUUUUUCUUAUUUAAAGUAAUGUAUGUGAGACUGAGUUUUGUCCAUUGAACAUUCAGAUUUGGAACUCGAGGGUUGGGCCUGAAAGUAAGAUAAUCGCCCCCUUAUAGUUCCUCUCUCAUCUCUUGAUCUGGCCCUUGGUUCAAGACCAUUUUUGAUGCACUGGUCCCCCCCUACCCCCCACCAGGCCUUGAUUUUCAUUUUGGAUUUCCUGGCCUGUCCUCCACUUGUCCAACCCACCUGUGUCGGAUGGCCCAUGAUUUCCAGUAAAUAAAACUUGGCUU